UCACCGAAGCAACGAUGAUUUCGUAAGAUCCAAUGUUGCGUGUAACGCAAAGCUUUGAAGAUGACAUAUUGCUCAAGGAGAAUCGUCUUAUGAACGUCUUGCAAGAGACAGCUCCCGCCUGUUUGACAACAUUGUCUAAUCAGCAAGAAACAGAGCGGCAACCUUAAUAGCGGCAUCCGAGUCCAUAGCUGAGGGACAGAGAGGGAGAUGUGGAGCAGAGGUUGGAGCUCUUCGGUCCCAUUCGCAGGGAUGAUCAUGGCCAUCAUGGCGCAGGCGAGCACCAUGGUGGUCAACAAGGUGGCCAUGUCGGGCGGGACAAACAAGUUCGUCCUGGCCUUCUACGGCAACUCCCUCUCCACAUUCCUCCUCCUCCCUUCUCUUCUCCUCCUCCGCAGGCCCAGUUGCCCUUCUCCCACUUCCUCCCUCCUCCUCAAACUCUUCGUGCUGUCCCUGAUAGGAUUCAUGGCGCAAAUAUUUGGAUACCUAGGCAUCGAUUACAGCUCUCCCACGCUCAGUACUGCUCUUAUGAAUCUCAUCCCGGCUUUCACUUUCAUACUGGCCAUCAUAUUCCGGAUGGAAAGAUUGGCGUGGAAAAGCUCCAGCGGCCAAGCAAAGAUUGUUGGAACCAUAGUAUCAAUUGGAGGCGCUUUCCUAGUCACCUUCUACAAGGGCCCUCCUCUCAGUGUGUCAACCACAACCCUUAAGCUUCACCUCUCUCCAUAUUCAAGGUGGGCAGUUGGUGGUUUGUUCAGUGCAGGCGAUGCGUUCAUGACUUCAUUAUGGUACAUUGUACAGGCAAUGAUCCUCGGGGAUUACCCAGUGGUGCUAAUCAUCAUGUUCUACCUCUUCCUAUACGGGACGGUCCUUGGCGCCCUGCUCUCCCUGGUCACGGUCAGGGAUCCUGACGCUUGGGCCUUAAAGGCCGAUAUAGGUUUGCUCGCUGUGAUAUACUCGGCGGUGGUGGGGACUGUGUUGCGAAUCACCACGACCACAUGGUGCGUAAAGAAGAGAGGGCCUGUGUUUGUUGCAAUGUUCAAGCCCCUUGCAAUAAUCUUUGCGGUGGUGCUUGGUGUCAUUUUCUCAGGCGACCCAUUAUGCCGUGGAAGCUUGAUUGGAGCAAUUGUGAUAGUGGGAGGAUUCUAUGCAGUGACGUGGGGAAAGGCCAAAGAAGUAGAAGACAUGGCUGGCGGGCCCAAGGCAUCCGAGGCUCUGCCUCAGACAAGCCAAAAGGUCCCAUUGCUAAUAGCUCAAGAGCAAAGGUGAGGAAAGAAAUGCCAGGAAUUAGAUACUGUAUUCGAGAUGUCAUAUCAAGUUCAUACGUAGGAUCGGAGAUAUUCUUGUGCUUCCUGUGGAUUAUAAAGACACCCAUUGUCAUCGACUAAAAGUUAAUACAGGACAUAGAUACAUAUGGGAGCAGGAAAUGAUUCGUGGCUUGUAGUCAAGGAGGAUUUAUCGCUCCAUUAAUGUGGAUUGGCUGAACAAUUGAUGAACCGGUUGCAUGGAUUAAACUUUUUGUCUAGCCGAUAGUCCAGGUGUUGUGCAAGUUAGCCAGUGAUAGUAUUCCUAAUAAUUGAUUAGUGAAAUGUGUAGUAACAGUUUGGAAGUAAAUUGUUAUGAGCAAAUUGUUCUAAUAGAGAUUUACUCUGUC